AUGUCACAAGCACAAGCACAAGCACACUCACCACUCACCAUUGUCCUCCCCGCACCCGGCAUAGUAGGGCAGAUGAUAGCAGAUCGCUUCUGCUUGGCUCGUAUCAGAAAGGCGGGAAAUAGAUACCAGAUCCUGGAGGCCAUUGACACCAAGACCGCAAAAGAAGUACUCGUAAAGAUCACUCGCCGGAGCUUGGUCCAAGAACGUGUCUUGUGUCGAGAUAUUGCUUGGCUUCGAUGCAAUACGUCCGAUAGUCGAGUACAGAAGCUUCAAUCGGUCAUCAAAACUGCUCCAGACGUGGCCCUUGUUUUUGAACGCCACGGGAAGACACUUUCAGAUGUCAUGAAAGACGGGACGUUGACCCCUUUUUCGAAACGCUAUGUGCAGGAGAUUUGCCUCCAGGUCAUAAGUGGCCUUCAGUACCUUCACCGGACAAAAGUUGUCCACUCGACUCUUUCCCCGGACGUUAUCUGGCUGACCGAUGAUUUUGGUUAUCAGUCUCAUUAUCAUCGGGGAAGGGACGGUUUUGUUGAAAUGGUGAGGUAUGCCUUCAGUAAAUCGAACGUCACUGAUAUUACCUCGCAGAAAACUUUGAGGACUACCAAACUCCAGAUUGGGUAUUAUGGGCAAAUGAGUGACAAGUGCCCAGGAGCUAUUGUCGUCGAAGGUGUGGAUCAAUAUCGAGCACCGGAAGUGUUAAUGGGUUAG